GAGUGCGCCUCUGAAAUAUGCACUGUGAUAAGCGUGAGGCAAGCUGCUGAGAGGAAACAGGGUUCCGUUCUUUUCAGUGUUCCACGAUACGGUGAUACCAGGGAUACUUGUGGUUGUCCUACAUAAUGCUUUCAAGAUUGAAGACUAAUAUAAUGCAGUUCAAAUGGAAAGCUCCGUUUCAAAGUCAUGAUGAAAGCGCCGAGGUCAUGGAAAUGCUUACAGAAGUGACAGAAGACGUCCCGACUGCGAAAAAACGAUGGUUAAACGAGAAAGCCCAGAAGCAACUCCUAGAAACUCUUCGGAACGAUGAUUUUGAAGCAUUCACUCGUCUUUUGAAGAAAGAUGUAAAUGUUGACCACGUAUAUGAAAAUCAGCACACCCUUCUGAUAGAAGCAUGUGGCAAGGAAGAACGUGGGAAAGAAGCACGUGGGAAAGAAGAACAUGGGAAAGGACCAGAGAAAUACGUAAAAGCGUUGCUAGCUGCUAAUGCCGAUCCCAAUUUACGUGACAACGAGGGACGAACUGCCCUGCAUUGGGCAGCUGCUGAGAGUAACGACAAGUGUAUGCAGCUUCUUCUCGAAGAUUCACGCACAAACGCCAACGUACGCAGCUAUCUGGAGUACACUCCCCUGCACUGUGCAACGUUGGCUUUCUGGGACAGCGCACAUGCAGGCUCGCACGCGCGGUGCAUCCAGAUGCUCAUGGAGCGGAGAGAUCUGGAAGUGAACCGUCCUGACAAGUUUGGCGACCCUGCCAUAUGGAACGCACUACAACACCCAGAAGCUGAUGCUGCGCAAAUUCUCAAGGUGAUCCUGAAGUGUAAACAUAGUCGCCUGAACGUUGAUGUGUGGCAUGUGAGAAACGGCAGCACAAUUCGAAAAGUGAUAGAGACGAAGUUCCCGAAGCUCAAGGAUUUAUUACCGCGACUGUCAGAAUGCGAAACAGGAUCGGGUCGGAUUAUGCAAAUGCUGCUGCAACCAAAUCCGAAUCUUGAAGAGUUUAGCUCCGCUUUACCUGAGGAUAUUGACAAACGGUUCGAGGACCCAUAUUACUGCACUCCUUUGGAGCUUGCAUGUCGCAGAAAAGACUUACAAGGAUUUGUUAAAGUUUUGCUUGAUGCCAAAGCAAAUCCUGAACAAUCCACCGAAAUAUAUGACUUUCCGGUCCUGCAUCAAGCAAUGGCUAACGGCAACUUCGAUGCGUUAAAAACAAUGAUAUCCUAUAACGUGGAUUUUGGCAUAAAGACCUCAAGUCAACAUACUGAGGAGGAGCUGGAGAUGGAGAAGUGCGUGAACCUGGUGCUGGGGCGCGAGGACGACAAAAGCAGUGGCGGCGGGCAGCGGGACGAGGCGGCGGUGGCGGUGGCGGCGGCGGCGGACGCCCGCCCGCUGGUGGACGUGCACGCGCGGGACGGGGACGGCGACACGGCUCUGCACGACGCGGCGCAGUACGGCCAGCAGCACGUGGCGCUGCCCCUGCUGCGCAGCGGCGCCAACGUGCUGCUGCGCAACGACGACCAGCGCACGCCGCUCGACCUGCUCGACCCCGCCACGCUGCGCGUCUUCCUCGACGAGCACGUGCGGGGCAGCGGCCGGCCGCGCAGCGACGACUACCAGAUAACAAUGCGAUACAAGUUUUUGGUGUCUCAAGAUAAGAACAUCCCAGAAAUAGAAACCGCAUAUCACAUUAGUCGCUCGCGUCAUCUGCAGGAAGAUAUUGUCGAAAAUGCUAUUGCAAUUCUUUCAGAUAAAAAUCAAGCGACUGACAUGGAUCUGGUGAUGAACCUUCUAAAUACUUUAACAGAAGAAAUAGGAAAAUGUCAAAAGGGGAGGGAGGAAAGAAAAUGA